AUGGAUACUAAGAAGCGACCUUUUCAGGCAUAUGCCGAGGACGACGAUUCAGAUUCAGACGUCCCUUUGAAACAAACGCAAGAGAAGCGGCUUCGACGCUCCCAUAACCCAAUUCCAGCUUGUAUCACGCCUCAUCCACCACGUCAAACUUCACAACCAGCCCAGAUCCGUCAAGUCCAGUGCGGAACUCAACAAAGCCACACUGCGAUACCAUCCAAGCAAAGUCAGCGCCCAGCUCGACAACCCGUCCGGUCAAUCCGCCGUUUACGCCCGGCGCCAGCGCCAGCAUCAUACAGUCUACCCCCAGCAACAGGAACUAUCAAUACGCCAAAUCGUGCGGCGCAGACAUCUCAGAGCCUACCUGCAGUUUCGGAACUACGUACUUCGCUCCCGACUCAAAAUCUGCCUCUAGCUGCUGCUGCAGCAAACACUCAGCCCAUCCACGGUAUUGCGCCAAAUCGUCCUGAGUCACGCUGGCCGCCACUCCCAAACGAUAUACCUGAUGCCUUUUUAUUCUACGCCGAAGAGAUUUGCAGCGCCGUGAACGUUCUCUGCCGGACACAAGUUACCCAAAAACAAUUUUCUCAGCUCCUCCGACACGAAAACAGCGCAUCAUCAGUAAAGCCCGUCUGGACUGUCCCAGAUAUAUCAAAACAGCAAAACGUCGGUUUCCUAUGCGCCUUGCCAGACCAGCACCGCUCAGUAGCAAUGUGCGAGCACUCACACGCUUGUGACAAACUCUUCGUUGUUUUCCGAGUCAAGUUCAGAACCACCCCCACCGUGCACACAACCUUCUUUUGCGCGACACGAGACGGUAAUCCAAAGCGCAUGUCGAUACUCUCGGCGUUUCGUCACAGGUACCGAGAUCAUGAGGGUCUUGAAAGAACAAGGCAGCAGCUACUCCGAGAAGCAGAUGAUAGUGUGGCGAAUUUUUGUUGGCGGCUUGCGGCGUGGGUAUUCAAAGAUGCGUUUUAUUGUCAGACUGCUGUACUGGACACACAGGCGUUGUUUCGCGUCUUUGAAGAUGCGGUGGCCCGUUGA